CCCCGACUACACCAGCGAUCAGAUCACCUGCAUAUGUGAGGUCUUGCAAAAGAGUGGAGAUUUUGAGCGACUCAGACAGUUCCUGGACUCGUUACCACCUAGCAGUCCGAUCUGCGAGAGCGUUCUCUGUGCCAGAGCCACGUUGGCCUUUCAGGAGGGCAAUUUCUCCGACCUGUAUGCCAUCCUAGAGGGUAACGCCUUCGCGCCCAGCAAUCACCAACGUCUGCAGGCGCUGUGGCUUCAGGCACAUUACGCGGAAGAGGAGAAGAUCAAGGGCAAGCCGUUGGGAGCGGUGGCGAAGUACCGGGUACGACGGAAGUACCCGCUGCCGCGAACCAUUUGGGACGGGGAGGAGACGAGUUAUUGUUUCAAGGAGAAGUCGCGUGCCAUUCUGCGGGACUGGUAUACGCACAAUGCCUAUCCCUCACCGAGGGACAAGCGUGAACUCUCGGAACUGACGGGGCUGACGACGACCCAGGUCUCGAACUGGUUCAAGAAUCGUCGUCAACGGGAUCGAGCAUCGGACACACGAGACAGGAAUUUCAGGUAA